AUGUCACACAAACGAUCAUUAAAUAAUCCAUUCUUUGGAUGUAUUUUAAUUAAUAAAGAAGAAUUGGAAUCACUUGUUCAAGAAUUAAACGAGAGGUGUAUUAAAUGCUUCGGUCAGAACCAAAUGAAUAUGCUUUUUGCUAUUAAAUAUAAUCCUGACGAUAAAUUUAUUUGGCAAUUAGGAGUUCGAGUUCAUUGUUUUACGGUUCUUGAUGAAAAACCUUAUAGAAGGACCUACAAUCUUUACCAAUUCCUCAAAUUUUAUCAAACUACAAUUCAAAUUCUAGACGCUUCAGAAGCAUCGACUACAAGUACAUCAGAUCCUUCGAAAGAUUUUAUGAAAAUUGCUAUUUUGGAUGAAAGUUGUUAUGUGGAAGACGGGCAAUGCAUAAUUUGUUUCGAUGCUCGUCCAGAUGCGGUUUUACCGUGUGCCCAUGCCUAUUGCUCUUCUUGUAUAAACAGCUUUUUGAGGAUUAACCAAAAGUGUUGCCCUCUUUGUCGACGUCCUAUGAAAGAAAAUGAAGCUUGGGUUAUGACAGAAAAACCAAGUAAAGAAUGCAUAAAUUUAUAUUUAGUUGAAUCCAACAGAGAAGGAACGACAUCUGAUUGA